CUCCAAGCUUCAAUUCGCGUUCUUGUCUGUCUCGUCGCGCGUCACCGAAAGCUGACGCCAGACAACCAACUCCCCGCCGUACAGCUGAUAUAUAUAUCGAGAAUAACACCCUCCAGAUUGCAGCGAGACAUCGGCGGCUCGUAUCUUUGCGUGAAAGUGAAGACAAAAGUAAAGAUGGCAACAGAUGAGAGACAAUCGCCAGAACUGUCUGUCGCGGACAAGCUCGAUCACGAGAUUGAAAACCUGAGAGCUCAAGUGGAAUUGCUGAAACAAGAGCUCGCACUGCAGACGGCUACGCUGAUGGCAUCCGAGUCGACACGCCAAAUACUGAAGCACAGCUCUGCAAAAAAGAGGUCUCGGUCCAAGGGCAACUCGAGGCUCGUGGAGCUGUUGGCCCGCGCCGAUAAGCAGAGCGCCCACAAGCAGCAAUGUCUCUACCGGGCGUGCGCCUCUAUCACCACGUUCAAGGUCCGCGACCCAGACCCCAACGCGGUCGACAGCGGUAGCGUUCUGGGCCUGCGCUUCGAAGUCAUGUCCAAAUCUCGAUUCUUUCGACCCUACUACAUUAUGCUGAACCGGCCCUACCCGAAUUCGCGCCACCUACGCGUGCACCGACACACGGUUCCCCCAUGCAUACCGCUCUCUGGCGUUGCAGCGCGGCAUCUUCCCCCGCCGACAGCAAAGGACGAUCACGACAGGCCGAAGAAGCAAGAUCUUUCCAGUUUUGCACGUACACUACGAAGAGAGCUGGUCCGCUACCAUAAUCGGACUGCUGUUAUCGGCGACCUGCGAAGCUCGGCGGGCCUGGAGGGUAAGAGGGAGGGUGCCAAGGAACCAGAGGUUCCGAUUAUCGAUAUUAGCGCAGCGGAUGCCCAGGCGAAGCAAAUCCGCAUCGAAUGGAGCGAUGGCCGGUCGGGACGUCUACUUAUGGGUAGCGACGGCGACAUAUUGAAGAUAGUCGUGCAGGGCGACAACGGCCAAGAUCGGGAGGCUGUGAGGCAACUUUUAGGGGCCAGUACCCGCAUCGAGGACAUUACCAAGAGAAUGGAGGAGAUAUAGUGGCAAGAUCCUGUGCUCCGAGAGUCGGCUGGCCGGCUACCAUCUUUCUCAUUGGGGGUGGCAGCAUAACCGAAAGCUCCUCUCCGGACGGUAUGCAAGAAGCUCAUAGUUACAGCGAGAAGAAGGCCUUUUUACAGUGUAGACACACAGACCAACCGACCGGAUUCCUUAUCAACGAAGGCAUUCGCGAGAUGACUAGACCGGUGAAUUCCCACAAAUCCUCCCCCCUUUUCAUAUGCUUCGUAUGCCGCCUACGUCCGAAAGACCUUACUCGCCCUCAUAUCCCGCCUUCGCCGUCAACCCACAUACAAAUGUACACCGCAUUCUUUAAUAAUGACAUACCUUUUAACGAGCUCGCAAUAUACAUGUGUUUCGUACAGUUAUUACUACAUAGUAACCUCCCCGCUGCUUUGCAUCCUACAUUUAAGAAUGGUUGAAUACGACUACGGCAAGGGCGGUGAGCCGGCGAAGACAAGUGAGGCUGGCGAUUAUCAACGCCUAAAGUCCGUCCCCCUUUUCCUGCUACUAUUGCUACUACUGCUACUACUAGGGACGAUGUAUGCACCUGACCUGUCCGUGAAUAGCGCGGUUUCGCGAUUCUGCAAUAGAUGUGGGACGUAGCUUAU